AACGAGCAUACUUGUGAUAGAAUGUACAUUUUUAUUGCUCUACUACAUCUCGCGAACACGACGGCGGUAUCAUACAACUCAACACAUCGGAACUAUCUGGCACAAACCAAAGGAUGUGUUGGCAAGGACAGUGCAAACCCGUUGCAAAAUUCGCUGCCCAAUCUCUCGUUUGCAAGCAUGCCAGCACGGAAUGGCGCGGAACACGCAGUAGAGGAUGGUUCAGAAACAGCACGCACAAAGGCAUGGCUGAUUCCUGGACAGGAAAACAUGAAAAAUAUGUUCUGUGGCAGCAGUUCAAGCUCAGCAUCACCUAUCGUUGGAAGUUACCACGAGCCAUUGCCAAACUGGUUUAACAAGCACUGUCAUCAUGGCUCAUGUGGGUUUGAGCGGGAAAAACAAUCAUCCACCGAAUCGCUAUACAGUUCACCAAAAAAUGGAAGUUAUGUUUCUCCAUCAUCUACGCCCGAACCCUACCAUCCUAUUAUCUUUGAGAUGGACAUGUUUGAGUCUUGCUCAUCCAACAGUUGAGAAUUUGAAUGUCCAUUAAACUGCCGCUUUCAAAUUCAUGUAUUAUUUGUGUCAAUAUCCAUUGCUCCACUCGA